AUGGACUGGGGUGACCGGGAAAUGAAGUUCGGAGACUUGGCGAUCACUCUGAUUUGGCUCCUCGGAGGUGAUCUCUUCUCGGAGAUGAAGAGGUCUAGAGAUGAAGUUUUCACGAGUUGUUCUCAACUCAAACGGCCUGUGGUGUCUGCCCGAGGGGAAGCGUCUGGGCAACCGCAGAUGACAAAUGGAGGUGCUCAGAAACUGACAACUAAUGAUGCCCUAGCAUAUCUUAAAGCUGUGAAGGAUAUAUUUCAAGAUAAGAGGGACAAGUAUGAUGACUUUUUGGAGGUUAUGAAAGAUUUCAAGGCUCAAAGAAUUGAUACUGCGGGUGUCAUUGCAAGAGUGAAGGAUUUGUUUAAAGGCCAUAGAGAUCUUAUAUUGGGAUUUAACACCUUCUUGCCUAAGGGCUAUGAAAUCACACUUGCAUCGGAGGAUGAACAACCUGCUCCAAAGAAACCUGUUGAAUUUGAAGAAGCUAUAAAUUUUGUGAACAAGAUAAAGACUCGUUUUCAAGGUGAUGAUCAUGUGUACAAAUCAUUUCUUGACAUAUUGAAUAUGUACAGAAAGGAAAACAAGUCUAUUACUGAGGUCUACCAGGAGGUUGCUGCUAUAUUCCAGGAUCACCCAGAUCUUCUUGAUGAGUUUACUCAUUUUCUUCCAGACGCAUCUGCAGCUGCCUCUACUCACUAUGCUUCUGCUCGAAAUUCUAUGCAUCGUGAUAGGAGCUCAAUUCCAACAAUACGGCCAAUGCAUGUUGAAAAGCGUGAAAAGACAAUGGUUUCACAUGGUGAUCGAGACCCCAGUGUUGAUCGUCCUGACCCAGAUCAUGACAGAGGUUUGUUAAGGAUAGAAAAGGAAAGGAGACGUGUAGAGAAGGAAAAGGAACGUAGAGAAGAUAGAGACAAGAGAGAACGUGAAAGGGAUGACAGAGAUUUUGAGCAUGACAGGGAGCGAUUUCCUCACAAACGGAAUCGUAAAGCUGAGGACUCUGGAGCUGAACCAUUGCUUGAUGCAGAUGAAAAUUUUGGUACGCGUCCUAUGUCAUCCACUUGUGAUGAUAAAAAUUCUCUGAAAAGUAUGUACAGUCAAGAAUUCGCUUUUUGCGAAAAAGUCAAAGAAAAAUUACGAAAUCCUGAUGACUACCAGGAAUUUUUGAAGUGCUUACAUAUUUACAGUAGGGAAAUAAUUACCCGACAAGAGCUGCAGUCAUUGGUAUGGUUUGCAUAUUAA